UAGUUUGUUGUGUCGUCAUCUGCCGGAAUGCGUCACAAUCUAUCGCUUAUCAGAUGUUUAACCGAUAAAGAUUUCAAGAGGAAUCGAAUCGGCAGGAAAAUUGAGAAAAAUGCGCUCGGGAAGAAAGUAAUCGAAGAAAGUUUCGAAUGAAAAACCAACGAAAUUGGCGAUCUUCGUUGGUGAUUUGUUAACGGAGUUGGAAAUCAGCUGAUGACGUAACACGCGGCCAGCGCAAGAAGAAAAGUUAGUUGUGUACUCGUGUCUGCUCGUGUCGCGGUGUUGGUGGGCGCGAGACUUGCGCGAAACGAAGUAUGGCGUAGGAUUUUCUGGCCUCUUUCGUCCAAGUGUUUAGUUCACUCAACACGCUGGUUCGUUUGUCUGUCGUUUGUUAACGAUAAAUCUGCUUGGAGCAUUAGUGCAUUAGUGGUGGAACGUUUUAACAGAGAGGAGUGCUGUUUGGUGGAUUUUACGUGACGGAAGGCAGGCAAUAUCUCUUUACAGGGUAGGAAACGGACGUCGAAUAUUAUACACGAUGAGCGUCGAUGCAUACGGACCCAGCAGUCAGACCCUCACGUUUCUCGACACGGAGGAAGCGGAUCUAAUCGGUGCGGACACUCAGGGCAGCGAGUUUGACUUUACAGAUUUUACGUUACCUUCGCCGAGUCAAACGCAAGCUUCGCAACACGAUACUGCUCAAAGUCAACCUAACCAGCCCGUACAGGUUAACGGAACAAGCGGCAGUUCGUCUCUCGAGUUGAAAAUUUCCGGGGCAGCGCAAAGUCUAGCCGAAUUACAGUUCGAGGAGGAAGAAGAGGAAGCUUACUAUAAUCGUGAUUUGCCAGAACAUGCCUGCAAAUACUGUGGAAUUCAUGAAGCAUCCUGCGUUGUCAUGUGCAAUAUCUGUCGCAAAUGGUUCUGCAACGGACGUGGAAACACAUCUGGUUCGCACAUCAUCAACCACCUUGUCCGAGCUAAGCACAAGGAAGUUACUUUACACAGAGACGGCCCUUUGGGAGAAACUGUUCUCGAAUGUUAUUCCUGCGCUGUCCGGAAUGUUUUCGUCCUCGGUUUCAUCCCUGCGAAAGCAGAUUCUGUUGUAGUGUUACUUUGUCGUCAACCAUGCGCGGCUCAAAGUUCCUUGAAGGACAUGAACUGGGAUCAAGAACAGUGGAAACCGUUGAUCGAAGACCGUAGCUUUUUGGCAUGGUUAGUGAAAAUUCCAUCCGAACAAGAACAGUUGCGAGCUCGACAGAUUUCUGCCCAACAGAUAAAUAAAUUGGAAGAAUUGUGGCGUGAUAACGUCGACGCGACAUUUCAAGACCUCGAGAAACCUGGAGUGGACGAAGAACCGCAACAAGUUUUGUUGCGGUACGAGGAUGGUUACCAGUAUCAAAACAUAUUUGGUCCACUUGUUAAAUUAGAAGCCGAUUACGACAAACGUCUAAAGGAAUCUCAAACUCAAGAAAACAUCGAAGUUCGUUGGGACGUUGGAUUGAAUAAAAAGACCAUUGCCUAUUUCAUGUUAGCGAAAACCGACGGAGACAUGAAAUUGAUGCACGGAGAUGAAUUAAGACUUCGCUAUUUGGGCGAGCUUCACAAACCUUGGUCAGGAAUUGGACACGUGAUAAAGAUUCCUGAUAAUUACGGAGAAGAAGUCGGUAUCGAGUUGAAGAAUAAUUCUGGAGCUCCUACAGAGUGUGUCAGUAACUUUGUUGUUGAUUUUAUUUGGAAAAGUACAAGUUUUGAUCGCAUGCAAUUAGCAUUGCGAAAAUUUGCCGUGGACGACACCUCCGUAUCUGGUUACAUAUACCAUAGGUUGUUAGGACACGAAGUGGAAGAAGUCCUGUUUCGAUGUCACCUUCCGAAGCAUUUCAGUGCUCCUAAUUUACCGGAUUUGAAUCGUUCUCAAGUAUACGCUGUGAAACACGCCGUACAAAGACCUUUGUCUCUAAUUCAAGGACCACCUGGCACGGGAAAAACUGUGACCAGCGCUACGAUAGUUUAUCAACUGGUCAAACAGAACGGCGGUCCUGUGUUGGUAUGCGCUCCUUCGAACACGGCCGUCGAUCAGUUGACCGAGAAAAUACACAAGUCUAAUCUAAAAGUUGUACGACUUUGCGCGAAAUCCCGAGAAGCGAUCGAUUCACCGGUCAGCUUUCUUGCUCUUCACAAUCAAAUAAAAAAUAUGGAAACAAACACGGAGUUGCAAAAGUUACAGCAGUUGAAGGACGAAACCGGAGAAUUAUCGAGCGUCGACGAGAAACGUUAUAGACUUUUGAAGAAAGCGGCAGAGAAAGAAUUGUUGGAGGCAGCCGAUGUGAUUUGUUGUACUUGCGUCGGUGCCGGUGAUCCAAGGUUGCACAGACUGAAAUUCCAUUCUAUUCUUAUCGACGAAAGUAUGCAAGCAACCGAACCCGAGUGCAUGGUACCAGUUGUACUCGGUGCUAAGCAAUUAAUUCUGGUUGGUGAUCAUUGUCAAUUAGGACCUGUUGUUAUGUGCAAGAAGGCAGCCAGAGCAGGUUUAUCUCAAUCUCUUUUCGAGAGAUUAGUCGUACUUGGAAUCAGACCGUUCCGUUUGGAGGUACAGUAUCGUAUGCAUCCGGACCUCUCGCGUUUCCCAUCAAACUUCUUCUACGAGGGUUCCUUACAAAAUGGUGUAUGCGCGGACGAAAGAAAACUGUUAAAGAUCGAUUUCCCUUGGCCAGCACCCGACAAACCCAUGUUCUUUUAUGUUACCCAAGGACAAGAAGAAAUCGCUGGAAGUGGCACGUCCUACUUGAAUCGUACAGAAGCGUCUAACGUUGAAAAGAUAGCGACCCGGUUCUUGCGUUGCGGAGUAAAACCUGAACAAAUCGGAGUGAUAACUCCGUACGAGGGACAGAGGGCCUAUUUGGUUCAGUACAUGCAGUACCAAGGCUCGUUGCAUUCGAAAUUGUAUCAAGAAAUCGAGGUCGCCAGCGUAGACGCGUUUCAAGGGAGGGAAAAAGAUAUAAUAAUCAUGUCCUGUGUUCGAUCGAACGAACAUCAAGGUAUCGGAUUCCUGAACGAUCCGAGAAGAUUAAACGUUGCCUUGACCCGUGCAAAAUACGGCAUAAUAAUCGUAGGGAAUCCAAAGGUGUUGUCCAAGCAGCCGCUCUGGAAUCAUUUAUUGAGUUUCUACAAAGAACAAAAGGUACUGGUCGAAGGGCCUUUGAAUAAUCUUAAAGAAUCAAUGAUUCAAUUUGCCAAGCCAAAGAAAUUGGUGAAUACCGCUAAUCCAGGCUCGCAUUUCAUGUCCACCUCGAUGUACGAUGCGAGAGAAGCUCUUAUUCCAGGAUCCGUAUACGAUCGUUCGGGUAGCCAAGUGAACGGUCAACAGAAUCACAAUCCGUAUUAUCAGAGGAACGUACCUUUGGACAUAUUCAGCAGAACACACGAUACGAUUAGUUACAUUAGUCCAGAGAGAGCUCAGGCAGCGAUGAACAACGUACCAGUUCCAGUUGGAAUGUUUAUGAACAUGGCGCACGUGCCGCCGCGUUUCUAUAAUCAACAUCAACAAGCGUUACAGGCCAGACAGAAUCAACGUAAUCGUCGUGGAACCGCUUUGUCGAAGAAUAAACAAGGCCCGCGAAUGGGCAAGUUGAGUCAAACCGAACAGAAUACCCAACCGUACAGUCAGCCAGGUUUACCGUUGACCCAGGGUACGACACAGGGUAUGUCACAGCCAGGCUUUAGUCUUUCUCAGCCUGGAUUGAGUCAAGCGGAACUUUCACAGGAUUCGUUUGCCGUCGGCGAAUUCCAAUCGCAAAUGGACGGUCUAUUGUCGCAAGAUUCAACUUAUCAAGGUGAUCGAAGUGGUUUUUAUCAAUCUGGACAGUCACAAGCCGGGGGACAAUUCUCCCAGCCAUACUGAGCCGAGACCGUACGGCUGAGCAACGCAAUUGCUAUGCAGCGUCGCGGGAGCGACUGAAGGCUCGUUCGACCAAUUCUUCUUCGACCAACAACCACAAAUCACUAACUGCGCAAAACGGUAAAACGGCUCGGCGAUCGAGUACGGUAAUAUGCACGCAGUCGUCGGCGUUAAAGAGGGUUUUUAAACAACAACAACAAGAACAAGAACAACAACAAGAACAAGAACAAGAACAAACAGAAAAGAAAAAAAAGGGAUAAAAAUAAAGCUACCAAAAAAAAUGGAAGUUUGUCGCCAUUUCACCGUGUUCUAGACGAGAAAGGAAAUGGUUAAUAAUACUAAAAAGGGAUAGGACAAAGCGGAGACGACACAAUCACUACCUUAACCAACUCACCGUGACACGCGCUUACCGUGAACGGACCGUUUUAUCGCGGGGAUCGAGUGACACUAGAAUUACACAAAAAAAUGUCAAAAUAUGAAAAACACAAAAAAAAAAAGAAAAGAAAAAAAGAUGAUAAUAAUAAUAAAAGGUAAGGAAGAUACGGGACAUGUAACGCUUCGUCACACAAAUCAGAGGUCAACAAGUAUAUAUUGUUUGCCAAUUAAAAGUGUUUUUCUAACGAUACAACUGGAUGAAUUUCUAGAUGGCAACGCAUAUUUUACAAACAAUCUCGUAUGGAUAUUUGGAAAAUCCUCUCUAAGGAGAUACGAUAACUUGAAACAAAGAAAUUGACAGGGAAACAACACGCAUUGAAUUGGCUAUGAUACGCGUUACGUGUCUUUUCAAUUUCCCUUAAGGGUGUGAGAACAGCGAUGUCGAAAAAAGAAAAGGGAAAAGACGAAUACAUGCCUAUAGAGCCUAUAGAGAGAAUUUAUGGAAUCCUGAAGAAUGAAAUAAAUGUACGGAGGCACGUACCGGAAGAACGGGGCGACAAGGAUAAUUUAAAUUAACGAGUAUUGUUUAACAACGGAACGAUAAAUCGGUCAAAAGUAUCACCGUGCCAAUUUGUCGCCAAUACGAGAUCAAAACAGAGGAAUCCUAUCUCAGGCUUGACGUGAUGUUGACAUAAUGCUAACCGAUAACGAAUUCCUAUCAAUACAAAUCAUGUUAAUUAGUUUGGUUUCUUUUUUUCCUGGUUAAAGUGGUAUAUACAUAUAUAUAUAUAUAUUGUAUAUAUUUUUUCUCAUCGCAGGGGUCGACGAAGUCGCAAGAGUGAAAACAAAUUUCAUUCGUUAUUUGUAUAUUUUUUUUUUCUUCUUUCUAAAUAUGAAUUGUAAACAAAGAAAUGGAUUUAUUGAAAAGAUAGAGAUAAUGUUCCGUGUAUUUUGGGGAUGUAACCGAUUCAGUUUGAAAAUUUGUAGAAAUUAUUUGAAUUUUAAAUAUCGAAUAGUCAAUAAUUAAGUAAUGUACUAUCCAAAGUAUCAUUAUAUGUAACAUUUAAUUUCUA